AUGGGGAUGGUAGAGGAUCAGGUCAAUCACCCGGUUAAUAAAAAGCUUGGUUUUAUACUUGUGCCAUGGGCUAUAGUCCAAGUCGUUGCCCAGACCAGUGACCGUGCUUCAUUGUUGAGCCCACAUCUGGUCAUUCGUCUGCCCCGAAUGCCUUUCAUUGGCUAUCGUGUGGUGAGCGAGGCCACUGCCAAGGCGGAGGAGGACUGGUGCUACAACUCCACAUACAAAGAAGUUAUGGCUCGACUAACAUCUUGGUUGACCGGAUUCGGUCUUCAACAAGUAAAGAAGUGGAAGUCAUGUUUCGAUCUAUAG